AUGAAGAACAUAGAUUCCAUCAAAGGUUGCAGAAUAGAUGAGAACCACUUCGACUUAGAAAAAUAUAGCACGUUUUACUGCAAACAAGAUGUAAGAAUUUUAAGAGAAGGUUUUGUAAAGUUCCGCAAUGACUUAUUGAAAGAGUUUGAUUUAAACGUUUAUGACUACGUUAGUAUUUGUUCAAUUGCUAACAAAUUGUUUGAGAACAGAGUAUACUUCCCGAAUGGAAAUCUUUAUGACCUCUCAAAUAAACCAAGAGAAUUUAUUUCGAGAUGCAUUCAAGGUGGAAGAUGUAUGUUGUCAGAUAACAUGAAACAAAAGAGCAAAAAGAAACUCAUUGCUGACUUCGACACUGUUUCAUUAUAUCCUUCAGCUAUAGCAAGACUUUAUACUUUAGAAGGUAUUCCAAAAGUAUUGAAGGAAGAAAUGUUAAGCACAGAGUAUCUCAUGAGACAUUUAUUCGAUGAUGACCAAAAGGAACCCAUUGGUGAAAAGUUUAUGUCUGGCUUCUUUGUUCUCAUUAAGAUAACAGAGAUUGGUAUACCCAGACACUUUCAUUUAAUAGUUUGCGACCCUGAACUAAAUCCAGAACUUAACGUUCCAAGAAGUUCAAACACUUGCUGUCUCAUGCAUGUUGACCAUAUAACAUUACAAGACCUCAUAAAAUAUCAAGGUGUCAAAUGUGAAGUGUUGCAAGGAUACUAUUACGAUGGAAACAGAGAUAUGAGAAUAAGAGAUGAAGUAAAGAAGUUGUUUGAGUUAAGGUUAAAGUAUAAGAAAGAAGGAAACCCCUUACAAGAAAUUAUAAAACUCAUUCUGAACAGCAUUUAUGGCAAAACUAUUCUAUCUCCUAUUGA